AUGUCUGAGACAUGUCAGGCCCUUGAAAAAGAUACAUUUCUAAAGGGGCAAGGGCAGGAGUCGAGGCCAACUCUAAGCCUCUUCCAAUCUUACCACGCCGCCCCGCUCCCUCCCCACGACCCGGCACACAAGGGGACUUACAGCACCACCAAAAUAAAACUUGUGUCCUCCCGGCUCCCCAGAUGGGUGGCGCUGUCAGUCCCUGACUUCCGGGCACCCAGCUCCCUCCCCUCCCAGUCGGGACUCGAGCCCGCUGCGGCCGUGCCGUACCCCGUGGAGCACCCCAGCGCUCUAUGUGCUCUCUCACUGCGCGCCUCGCCAGCACUGGGCCUGGAAUCCAGCGCUCAGUGCACGUCCCGCUCGCAUUUGAGGAAGCAAAGACUCCAGAGCUCCAGCUCGGCGGGAAACGGAGCAGACAGCAACUCACCUACUUCGGAAGCCGAUUGGCUGCGGUGGGGAUACCUGGUGGCAUGCAAAAAAAGAGUGGUUGGAAAGGCAAGGCCGAGGGAGCGCGCCCAUCCUACGCACCCACAGCGCUCCUCCUUGACGCCGCAAGCAGGACCCUGUCUCACUGACCUCGCUGCCCACGGCGGUCCUUGCCUCCUUCUAUUCUCCGGGUUUCCCCAGUCCCGAGUAUUGGAAAGCCUGAACGAAAGCGAACGCGUCCUAGUCGCGGGUAGGUUGGCCUGGGCGGGGCUGCAGAGGGAGCAGGAAAUGAAAACUCAGAUGUGGGAGGAGCUGAGACGUUGGCGGCAGAGCCACUGUAGCAGCUUGAGUCUCGCGCGCGCGGGAAGCGGAGGUGGAAGUCGGCGCGCAAGAAUGCGCCUGUCCUCGCCUGUACAUCAUGGCUGGGGAGGAGGCGCGGAGGCACCAGGCUGGGGUCUGCAGCGCGCCAUCUGCUGCAGCCCACAGGAGGCGCUGAGGCUAGUUGGGUGGCAAAUGAAUUGUAUUAUAACCACUCAGAACUACUGUGUUUCUGGUUCGUCUUGUGAAACCCAUCGUUGGUUCAGAGGGAUGGAAGCAGAGGUCAUACAGCAGGUAAGUUCAAGCAGUGAUAUAUGACAGGGCUUUCAGAAUUGGGGCCGUG